GUGACCACAGUGACUCUGGAGGAUUUACCCGGCUGCAGCGUGUCCUCUCUCAGUCAGUGCACUCGACUCCAGUCCCUCACCCUCAGACGCUGCGGCCUCAAAUCUCUGGAGGGCCUCAACCAGCUCACACAGCUCUGCUACAUCGAUGUGCAGGAAAAUGACAUCUCAUUUGUCGACUGUGAAAAUAUGACGAGUUUACGAGUUCUUCGACUCGGCCACAACAAGCUGACGUCCAUCCAUGGUUUGACUGGGGCGGAGAAUGUGGACGUCCUCGACCUCUCAAACAACUCCAUCACCCGCAUUGAGCCCCAGAACGUGUGUGAGAGUCUGGAGGGAUGUCACUUCCUGCGAGAGGUGCAGCUCACAGGGAAUCCUCUUGAGCAGGAGAGAGGCUGGAGUAAUGCCUCGUCUUCCCUGGAUGCUGUGAAGUCCUCCUGCCGACACUUCACUGAGGCUCUGCAGCUGGCUGAGGACCAGAGAUAUGCCCAUGAGUACGGAGACACCACUGUGACUGCAGGCGCAACAACACCUGAGGGAACACUUGACAUGGACAGUAGCAAUACUGGAAACCACAGAGAAAUGGAAUCCACUGGACACGUCUCUCCAGUUCUUCCAAAUCGAGACAAUACCAGAUGCAGCAACUGGGCUUUUGAGGAUAAGUACGCUGCAGAAAUCCAACAUAACACAUUUAACACUGUUGCAACACAUCCACACACCGGGCCAACAGUUCGAGAAGCAAACUCGGAAAGUGUUCACCCCUCGACAACUUCCUCCAAUAUCGAAAUGGCACCUGUGUCCAACCAUGAGAAUCUGAACCUCCAAAGUAGCACAGCAGCAGUCAGGAUUCAGCAGCUGUGUGCUUACAGACGGAAAAGUGGGAACGUCAGCCGCCCCUCCACAGCAGAGGAGGGUGGAGGAAGAGGAGGAGGAGAUGGAGGAGGGCCAGAGUCAGGACCUGCCUUUUUAAAUGGGAGCGUUGUUGCUCAGCAUUAUGCAGCAAGUGUCAUCCAGGCGUUUUGGAGGGGCUUUUCUCUGAGGAGGAGGCUCGCAUCUGCUCUGGCUGCUGUCACACGCCCCGACGCGGCUGAGGACGACACCUUUGAGGAGGUGGACGUGGAUGAAUUUGACUUCGAUGAGGCAGCGCUGGAGAAACAGUGGACAUUGUCCCUUCCUGAGGACUCCCCUCCCAGACGUUACCUUAUGUCAGACCAGCCACGGUCUCUGAAGCCUCCUGUUCACUUUCCUGAACCCUCUGAGUAUAUACUCUCACCCCUGCCUGUGUGGAGGCCGAAGCAGGCCUGGGUGCCUCCAGAACAGGCUGCUGAACAGAGAGUUUCCCCUGAGAGCUCCAACAGAAGCAAGUCUCCUGCUUCAGCGUCGGUGCUCAGCCGUCUCUCUGAAAGAUCGGAAAAGAUUAUAGAAGAAUGGGGGUUCACUCACAGCCACACCGCUCUCCAGAUGCUCAAGAGAGCUCGGAAGAUGAAGUCAACUAAACAACAGCAGAGUAAACGUAGAGAUCCCUUUGACCGCCAUUCCUCGGUUAACAAGUGCAGUUACCAGCUGGGACCAGUGGAGGCACGAAACAGGCCAACACAACACAACAGGAAUGAAAUAAAAGUUGUCCAGGCUGAGCUGGAGCUUCAGCAGGCGGAGAAGGUGGAGCGAGUGAAGCAGCAGCGAGCUCAGCAGUGGCUUCAGACCCAGGCUGCUCGCUCUGACCGGGGCUCAGAGAGCGUGCAUUUCUUACCGGAGAUCAGCUCGGACAUUCUGAACGGAGGCAGAGUGCAGCUCGUGGCGGACCUGGGAUCCGCAGAACGUCACGCCAGCGGAUCGUGCGCCAACAACAGUUUAGCUGCCCAGCUCUGCAACGAGAACGAUUAUCCUCACAGAAACUCUUUGGGUCAUGCAAGAAAAGAAGUCCCAUCUCCUCCGAGAGUCACGUCUGCUCCGUCAAAAAAGGAGCGCAUGUCCUUCCGAGACAACCCAGUCAUGAAGAGCGGCGGCUGGGGAGGAGGCAAGAAGAGGGACAGAUUCUACAAGUAACACACAAACUCUUCCACAGCUUUUAAGAUUCACCCAACAUGUGAAGAACUCAAAGACACAUCUAUCUGAUAUUGGUUCAUUUUCAGAUAGAUAUCCCUAAGAAUGCAGGUUCUUCAAAAUAUGUGCAUCGAGUUCAGGAAAGUUUGGAUGCAAUUGUUUGCUAGCAACCUGUGUUGUGGUGAUGACCCAACAUUUGAACCAAUGGAUCUCAAAAGACCAUUUCUUCCUUCCAUGACGAAAAAUCUCUUUAUUUUUAUUAAAAAGGAUAUUUUCUCACAAUUUAACAUUUCCCCCUGCAGCUGUUCUUUUCAAACUCAGCUGAAAACUUGAGCUCCCCGUCCCGAACAAAAAUGAAUUAAGAGCAAUAGGACCCGGACCAGCCCAAAUAUCUCCGGGCACUUUCGUUAUGUUGACUCAGCUCAAGUUUCAGCGCCUGAACCAAACACAAUGGCACGCUUCAUAUGCAAAUGAUGGCAGGAAAUCAGAACCAGGAACUUUUUAUACCCGUGAAUUCAUGUUUCCUUGGAUGCUGAACGGUUGUUUCUAUGCUGAUUUACUGUCUCGACAACAAACAAAGUAACUAUAGUUUGCAGCCGUGGGAAGAGACUUGCCUUUUACACGUAUUCUGCUCUUUUAAGACUAAAAUGUAACCCUUGAAUAGUUUCUGUAUCCUGGAGGACACAUCGCCCCGAUAAGGUUAUACAACAGAGAUAAUCACUCACAGAUAGACUUGUGUUUUGAAGCCUAUACUCGUGUAAAUACAGUGAAUUAUGGGUCUAAUAACAGCAAUAUGGGUUUAAGAUAGGUGUAAUAAAUGGGUGUAACAUGUGUAACACAGGUGGAACCUAGAUGUACUAUGGGUGUGAAGUUGGGGCAAUGUGGGUGUAACAUGGGUGUGAUAUGGAGGUACAGUAACAUGGGUGUGAUAUGGAUGUACAGUAACAUGGGUGUGAUAUGGAGGUACAGUAACAUGGGUGUGAUAUGGAGGUACAGUAACAUGGGUGUGAUAUGGAGGUACAGUAACAUGGGUGUGAUAUGGAGGUACAGUAACAUGGGUGUGAUAUGGAGGUACAGUAACAUGGGUGUGAUAUGGAGGUACAGUAACAUGGGGGUGAUAUGGUUGUACAUUGGGUGUGAUAUGGGUAUAUUAUAGGUGUAACCUGGGUGUGGUGUUGGUGUUAUAUGGAUGUCAUAUAGGUUCAAUAAAAAAAAUGUAUACCCUAAAUGGGAAAUGUAUUUUAGAAAAAAAGUCACAUUUUGAAAAAAGUCAUGAAAUUGUAAUUGUAGCCCAGAUAUUAGAAAAACAGUAAUUCUUUAAUUUCCCCAAAAUAUCGCCAUUUUAAGGGUUAAGUGUCAUUUUAGUGGCUACAUUCAGUUCCCGCUCGCCAACAGUGGGUUUGAAACGACUGCUUUUAAGCGCCGGGCACAAACAUUGGUGUUGGAAUUAGAACGUUUUCUUUAUUUCCAGUGGUGGAUUAUAAUGGCCUUGUCUCUGGUGUAUUUGAGUUUGGAGAGCUACAAGGCGUCCGUCCGCAAACACUGCCCCCCCCGGAGGCGAUGGACCUCGAGGCUCGGAGGUUCCUCGCCGCCUGGAAAUGAUAACUUAAUGAAUAUCAAAACAAAUAGUCGGAGCUGCAGAGUGGCUCCCUGGCAGGAAAUGCAUGUCUGUGUAUUUAUCUUCUCCUAUCUUUCGCUCUGCACAUGUCUGCAGGCUGUGUUUUGACUGUACUGCAGGGAUUUCAGUCUUCAGAGUGGCGUAUGCCAGAGAUGUGGUGGUCCAGCCCACUUGGGGGAUGUUGUGAAACCCAAGAGCAGUGUUCUCCUUCAGGGGGGACAUCAAGGGGGGAGUAUCUGUCAUCAAUCAGUCAAUGCACAACUCUGAUAAAGCCAACUUCAGAUAUGUAUUGCAUACAUCAUGCAGAGACAGGUGAAAUAAAUGUGCACUUAUAUAUUGUCACUUUCUUUGACAUGUGUUCAGAUUUUCCCAGGCUUUCCUCCCCAACUACCGCUGCUGAAACGAUAUUGUUGAACCAGCGUCCACCAGUCUUCAUUACUUCUGUUUACUUUUGGGUUAUGGCUAAAUGAUAUGUAACUUAAGACAUCCAAAAUCCAUUGCGUGGUGAAAUGAGUGCUCCACCGCACAUUUAGAUAAGAUGAGGAAUGUCCCUCUCAGCCUGCCUGACCUCAAGUCAGCACAAGUUGUCAGAUGGAGUCUGCCAGAGAGACCGUGGCUAUCCAAAUCCCUCUGAGUGCUGUCUUCCAGUGCAUUAGACUAGAGGACCGUAACAGAGGCUGCUUCCAAGUUUUAGCUACAGUUUCGCACAGUGUCCAUUUUGCUGAGUAUUUUUGAAAGCAUGCGGUACUGCUUUCGAUUUUUUGACAUUUUUUGUCAGGCGUUCAAGGUCAAUUUGACUCAAGACAGUUUUAGGAAUAUUCAAAAGGGAUUGAUUUGGAUAUAAUUGAAAUUACAUGCUUAAUACACCUAGGGCCAUAUUACACCAAUAUUACAGGUGAAAGCACUCAGUUAUUACUGAGUAUAGGCUUCUCAACACAAGUAUAUAUGUGGAGAUUAUCCCUGUUUUAUAAAACGGACAAGUCAA